AUGUUGGGUCUAGUCGGCGAGAGCCUCUCUCACCACAGCAGCUGCGUGAGUGGCUUGCUCGACGCACCCGCCUUCGGAGUGACGCUGCUGGAGCUGGAGGUCCUGCCGCUGGAGGCGCUGGUGCUGGAGGUACUAGAGUUGGAGGCGCUGGAUUUGGCGACUCUGGAGCUGGAGCUGCUGGUCCUGGAGGUGCUCGUACUGGAGGUAGUGGAGCGGUUGGAGCUGGUGGUGCUGCUGGUACUGGAGCUGCCGAAGUUGGUGGUGUUGCGGGCUCGUGAGAUAGAUGCGCUGGAGCUGGAGGCGCUGGAGCUAGAGGCGCUGGAGCUGGAGGCACUGGAGCUAGAGGCGCUGGAGCUGGAGGCACUGGCGCUGGAGGCGCUGGGGGUGGAGGCACUGGCGCUGGACGUCCUGGAGCUGGAGGCGCUAGAGCUGGAGGCGCUGGAGCUGGAGGCACUGGCGCUGGAGGCACUGGAGCUGGAGGCACUGGCGCUGGAGGCGCUGGGGCUGGAGGCGCUGGCGCCUGACGUACUGGAGCUGGCGGCGCUGGAGCUGGAGGUACUAGAGCUAGAGGCGCUAGAGCUGGAGGCGCUGGAGCUGGAGGCGCUGGCGCUGGAGGCGCUGGAGCUGGAGGUGCUGGAGCUGGAGGUACUGUGCAGCAGCGACCGUUUUUCUUGCCGCCGCCGCAGCUGUCCGAGCUUCCGCCGAGUCGAGCGUCGUGAGCCUGCGUCUCGUCCUGUCUCCCCUGUCCACACUGUUCGCACUGCUCGUCGUGUCCCGCGUCCGCGUCCUCCUCCUGUGCCAGGUACUCACACUAGGGCACUUCGUCCUUCCACUACUCCUCAGCGUGUCCCUCUGCCGUCUCCUCCUACUUCCUCCGUUUGUGAGAUUCCUGACCCUGAGUCUGACCGUGUUCGUGCUGCCAGCCCUACUAUCACGCGUCUCUUGGCUACUGCUGUCACUGACCCGUCGUUUGAGUCUACUGUUGCGUCUGCCUUAGUUGCUGAGCUUGUCGACUUUGCUGCUGCGUGUCGUCUAGACUACACCGCCAGUCUUGUUGCUGAGUCUUAG